UUAAUGGAAGAAGCAAACGAACGCUUAAGGCCCCAAUCGAACUUUAAACUAAACAAAAAAAAUUUUCGUUUUCGCCCUCGCUUCUUCCACCAUCUUCCCUCUUGGGGCUUAUAGUAUUCUCUCCUGCGCCCUCUUCCCUUCUUCACCCCAAACCCCUCCUCCCUCUCCAUCUCUAUGAAUUCAUCAUCUAAAAUCAAUCUCCCUAAUCCCUUUCCCCAUCAUUUGAAGCCCUACGACUGGCAAAAGCUCAUGUCAUGGCUUCCCAGAACCCACAAAAGUAGGAUUCUUAGUUUCGUCUGAUAUUUAACCAAAAAAAAAACGCAGUUUUUAACAAUAUUCUCCAAUCCACCGAGCCCCAAAUUGACUGGAAGAGGGAAAGAUAUCGGUUUCUUCUGGAGGUGUCUAUCUUCCGUUCUUUAUCUUACAAAUACCAUUGCUGGAAUUCAAUUAAUGGAAAAUUUUGGCUUGGCUUUCUCCCUACUUUCAUUCCUGCUGCUUUCGUCUUCUUACUGUUCAAUCGCCGCCGCCGCCGAUGAAGCCGCUUCUCUGAUUCAAUUCAAAAAGUCCUCCGUCGAACUCGACCCCAAGGGGUUUCUACAUGACUGGGUUGCUGAAAGUAACGAUCCCUGUUCAUGGACAGGAGUCCUUUGCACGCAGCCGAAUGGCUCGGUGCAGAAGCUUAACCUUAGCAACAUGGGACUCGUCGGCCGGCUUCUAAUUGACACGCUAAUGGCGUUGCCGGCGCUUCGAGACAUCGACCUCCAUGGCAAUUUCUUUUCUGGCAAUCUCAAUUACAGCAGCAGCACAAGUCCUCCAUCUUGCAGCUUCGAGAUCGUCAACCUUUCGUCAAACAACUUUUCGGAACAGAUAUCUUCGCCGUUCCUCACCUCCUGCACCCGCCUCUCCUCGCUAAAUCUGUCAACAAAUUUGAUUCCCGCCGGAGUUUACCCCUUUGGUUCGUCUAUCCGAGUGCUUGACGUUUCCAAGAACAGGAUUUCUGAUGAUGGAUUGCUCAACUACUCUCUCUCCAGCUGCGAAGGCCUCACGUACCUCAACCUCGCUGAUAAUAAGAUUGCUGGGAGGCUGAGGAGUUUGCCAUCUUCGUGCACGAGACUCGCCGCCCUCGACCUCUCCGUUAAUUUGAUUUAUGGUGAGAUUCCGAGCAACUUUAUAUCAUCUCUGCCGACUUCGUUGAACCAGCUUAACGUCUCUCACAACAACCUAACCGGCGAAUUCUCCGAUUUCAACUUCGGUGGCUGCGGAAAUAUUACAAUCCUCGAUCUUUCAUAUAACCAUCUGCAAGGCAGCGGGCUGCCGGCAAGCCUCCGCAACUGCCAGCAGCUGGAGCAGCUCUCCCUCUCCGGCAACAAUUUCACGAAUCAAAUCCCAACCUUUUUCCAAAAUUUCACCAAUUUGAAGCGUUUGGAUUUGGCAAAUAACAAUUUCUCUGGUCAGAUCCCGGCCGGACUAGCCGGAGCGUGUAAGAAUCUCAUUGAGCUCAACCUAUCCUCCAAUCAGCUAACAGGCGGCCUGCCGUCAGGCUUUUCCGCGUGCUCCAACCUUGAAAUUCUCGACCUCAGCACGAAUUUUCUCUCUGGGAAUUUCACCGAACAGGUUGUUUCAAAGCUGACUUCGCUGAAGCAACUCCGCCUUUCCUUCAACAAAAUCAACGGCGAGCUGCCGCUGCGAGCGCUCGCCGGCUGCAAGCUCUUGAAAGAGAUCGACCUGAGCGCCAAUGAGUUCACCGGUGGAAUGUCAGCUGAGUUCUGUCAAUAUCUACCUUCUCUUGAAAAGCUCCACCUAGCAGACAAUUACAUCUCCGGCUCGGUCCCCGCAGAGCUCGGCAACUGCACUAACCUCCAAAGCAUCCAUCUCAGCUUCAACGACCUCGCCGGCGAGAUCCCAUUACAGGUAUGGUCGUUGCCGAAACUAGUCAACAUCGUCAUGUGGGCCAACAAACUAUCCGGCGAGAUACCUGGCGAUCUCUGCUCCAAAAACCCUAACCUCGAGAUGCUCGUACUGAACCUCAACGCCCUCACGGGAACCAUCCCCGAGUCCCUAACCGACUGCUCGAAACUCAUCUGGGUCUCCCUCUCCGGCAACCAACUAGUCGGCGACAUCCCCGCCAAAAUGGGAAAUCUUCAGAAUCUAGCGAUCCUCCAGCUCGGAAACAACUCCCUCUCAGGCGAAAUCCCGCCGGAUCUCGGCAACUGCAAGAAUCUCAUAUGGUUAGACCUGAACAGCAACAACUUCACCCAAUCAAUACCGCCUUCGCUCGCUUCCCAAGCCAACCUCAUCAACGCUGGCAUCGUCUCAGGGAAGCCAUUCGCCUACCUCCGCAACGAGGCUGGAAACAUCUGCCCCGGCGCCGGAACCCUCUUCGAGUUCCAAGGAAUCCGGUCGGAGCGGCUUGGAAGCCUCACAUUAAAAAACUCCUGCUCCCCCACUCGAAUCUACCAAGGAAACACCGUCUACACCUUCCAAACUAACGGGAGCAUGAUAUACCUGGACCUCUCUUACAACUUUCUUACGGGCGAAAUCCCUAGCGUCUUCGGCGCCAUGGAAUACCUCGUAGUUCUCAAUCUGGAACAUAACUCUCUCACGGGACCAAUCCCCGACACGUUCGGAGGUCUGAAGUCGAUCGGCGUGCUCGAUCUCUCGAACAACAAUCUCACCGGCCCGAUCCCUGGAUCGCUUGGGGCCAACGGCUUUCUCAACGACCUCGAUGUUUCCAAUAACAACCUCAGCGGCCAAAUCCCUACUUCGGGCCAGUUCACCACUUUCCCGGCCUCCAGCUACGAGAAUAAUUCCGGACUCUGCGGUAUCCCUCUUAAGGCCUGCAAUAAAUCUUCCGGUUCCUCGAAUUCCAACGGCGGCCACCGCCGGCGAUCGCUCAGCGGCAGCGGCUUCAGCCUUCUCAUCGGCGUUGCGCUUUCCGUCCUCAUUCUUCUCUCCCUGGCUCUUGCUCUUCUCAAGAUCAAGAAUCGUCGAAAGAAAGCGGAGGAGCUCGGCGCUACAAUCGGCAUCGGAAACGGCGGCGGAGGCGGAGGCUACAUUGAGAGCGUCCAGACCUCCGGCAGCGGAAGCUCAAAGCUCUCCACGAGCGAGCUGGCGCACCUCAGCAUCAACGUCGCUGCCUUCGAGAAACACCUGCGGAAGCUCACCUUCGCCCAUCUGGUCGAAGCCACAAGCAACUUCAGCGCGGAGAGCCUCAUCGGCUCCGGCGGCUUCGGCGAAGUCUACCACGCCCGUCUCAAAGAUGGUGCCGUCGUCGCCGUCAAGAAGCUCAUUCACGUCACCGGCCAAGGGGACCGUGAGUUCACAGCCGAGAUGGAGACCAUUGGCAAGAUCAAGCAUCGCAACCUCGUCCCCCUUCUCGGCUACUGCAAGGUCGGCGACGAACGCCUCCUGGUCUACGAAUACAUGCGCUUCGGCAGCCUCGAUGUCGCUCUCCAUGACAGCAAGAACAGAGCACCCAGCGCGCCGAGACUCGACUGGUCCGCGAGGAAGAAGAUCGCCAUCGGAUCAGCCCGCGGCCUCGCAUUCCUCCACCACAGCUGCAUCCCCCACAUAAUCCACCGCGACAUGAAGUCGAGCAACGUCCUCAUCGACGAGAAUCUCGAGGCCCGCGUCUCCGAUUUCGGCAUGGCGCGCUUAAUGAACGCCCUCGACACGCAUCUCAGCGUGAGCACGCUCGCCGGAACACCAGGCUACGUUCCGCCGGAGUAUUACCAGAGCUUCCGUUGCACGACGAAAGGUGACGUUUAUAGCUACGGCGUAGUUCUCCUCGAGCUCCUCUCCGGGAAGAAACCCAUCGACACGAUUGAUUUUGGGGACAACAAUCUCGUCGGCUGGGCCAAGCAGCUGGUGAAGGAGAACAAAAGUGCCGACAUUUUUGAUCCUGAGUUGGUUCAAAGCAGCAAGACAGGGGACGUCGAUGAACUCCAUAAGUAUUUAAAAAUAGCUUUUGAGUGCCUGGAAGACCGGCCACACCGGCGACCGACCAUGAUUCAGGUGAUGGCCAUGUUUAAGGAGCUUCAAAUGGAUGCCGAUGGCAGCAGCGGCAGUGAUGUGCUCGAUGGUCUUUCCAUUAGAAGAUCAGUCAUUGAGGAAUCGGCAUAGUUUUACAUAGAAGAUCUAUAUAGAUAUUUCUUGGUUCUUAUGAUUUUUUUGUUGGAGCAUUUUGAUUACUGUAAAUACAACAGAAAAGAUCUUGUAGAUUGUCAGAAAUUUGAGCGAAGAGAACUACUCUCUUUUGUUUUCGAAGAAAUCCAUGACAUCUAUCUUUGUCUCA